CACGCUCUGGAGAUGAAGCGUUACUUGGAGCUCGUUGCAUCAAACGAUCCACCUAAAGAUGCAGUUCUAGUUUCUGAUGACAACAACAAUGAGUAUUACAUUCUUGGAUAUAAGAAAUGUAAUAAGGAGUUAGAGAUAAUCAAAAGUUCAGAAAUAUCAAGCAAAGGUGCUAAUAAGGCGGUACGUGAAUUUCUAGUGAAUAAAGACGACUUUGAAAUGUUAGAUUGGAAAAAAUGGCCAGAUAUACAGAGUGGCCAGAUCCCAUUCUACGCAGUAAAGCUUUGUAAACACUACAUCGCUAAAGAUAACAAUGGUAUCCGUUCUGUGACAGAAAAAGUUUUAAACCAGAAAAAAAACAUGCAAACUGAAGUUCUCUCCGUAAACUAUGACAUAAUAGGACAGCAUUUAGAAAUUGAUGAGUAUAUAGUCAAAGAAGAGGAAAAGUCAGAGAGGGUAGAAGUGCUAAAACAGUUCAGUGCUCAGAACAUGAACUAUAAUCCAGCCAAACAUGUGGUGAAGCUGGAUCACGGCAUCGACAGAACAAGAGCUUUCCUAAAGGGCCGUACGGAUACGGUUGGAGGAGCGAUAGAGGCAUCAGUCUCCGGGAGCAUUUUCAGUUUAGUUCAAGUAGGUGGAAAAGUUUCUGCGAAAUAUGACCAGAGUCGCCUGAAUUCUGAAACGACAUCUGAUCUUAAUAAGGCCCUGCACUCAGUGAGCAUGGAGAUAGAGAUUCCACCCAACCAAUCCUGUGUGAUUGAGAUUAAAAGCAAAACCUUUUCUGCUCGAGUCCCGUACUCUGGUCAGCUCAUCCGACAAUAUAGGAACGGUGAAGAACACACAACCUCCAUUACCGGCAUCUACGAUCAUCAGGAAAUAGCAGAACUUGAGUCAUUUGUGUAUCCCUGCAAACCCGUGCCAGAUCCGACGAAAUGCUGAAACCUGCGCAACCUCUGAAUAAA